GUAGAAUAAUACUUGCUCAAACUCUAGAAAUAUAUUUCGGACGAAAAUAAUAAUUAUUUUCAUCAUCAAUUCAUUGCUCCUCCGAUCGAUUCUGACACCGUAGCUCUUCUUCCCCGUUCGUUUCUCAGACGAGUCUCUUCAAUCCAUUCUGAGAUCGAGAGUAUCGGAACAAUGAGUGAGGUGUUUAACGGAUACGAGCGCCAAUACUGCGACCUCUCUGCCAAUCUUUCCAAGAAAUGUUCCUCUGCUGUUUCCCUUGAUGGAGAACAAAAGAAGCAGAAGCUCUCUGAAAUCAAAUCUGGCCUUGAACUUGCAGAAGCAUUGAUUAGGAAAAUGGAUCUUGAGGCGAGGAGCCUCCCACCCGGUGUUAAAUCCAGCCUCCUUGUCAAGUUAAGAGAGUUCAAGUCUGAUCUUAACAACUUCAAAACCGAAGUUAAGAGAAUCACAUCUGGAAACUUGAACGCUGCUGCUCGAGACGAGUUGCUUGAAGCUGGUCUGGCUGAUUCGAAGACGGCUUCAGCUGAUCAAAGAUCAAGACUGAUGAUGUCAACAGAACGUUUGGGCCGUACUUCAGACAGACUCAAGGACAGUCGUAGAACAAUGAUGGAGACUGAAGAGAUUGGCGUUUCAAUCCUCCAAGACUUGCACGGUCAGAGACAAUCUCUCCUACGUGCCGGGGAUACGCUUAGUGGAGUAGACGAGAAUGUUGGAAAGAGCAAGAAGAUCUUGACAGGUAUGACGAGGAGGAUGAACAGGAACAAAUGGACCAUUGGAGCCAUUAUCACCGCUUUGGUUGUGGCCAUUAUCAUCAUCUUGUACUUCAAACUCACCAAGUAACUGACUCAAAUCUUUCUCACUGAACGAAAACUAUUGUCCUCGUUUCUGAAUCUUUGAUUUUUCCUAAAUUUUUUCUUUUUGCUUUCCGUGUGAAAACUUGUCUUUGCCACCCUUUUAUUAUCGCCUCAAGAAAGUAAGGCCUCAGAUUGUUUUGUUGA